CCCAAAUCAUCAUCAAGCAAAUCAUUAGUUUAAAACUUAGUCACAUUGUUUAAAGUUCAACAUCCAUAUAUUUCUCUGGAGAAACUAAACUUGUUAUCAUGUCUUCAAGCCCAUGGGCCUUGAAAACGAAAAUAAACACAUGAAAAUGAAGAAUUGCGCGACACUGCAAAGGAGAAAGAAAAGAGAGAGAAACAAUGGCGAAAGCGAAACCGCAUCUAAUCUUCGCAUACGGAACAUUGAAACAAGGAUUCCCCAACCACGGUUUAAUGGAAGAUCUUAAAACCAAAGACGACGCCGUUUUCAUGAAUACAUACUCCACACAGAAACCGUAUCCACUGGUGAUUGGACCCCACGGAAUACCGUACCUGAUCAACCUACCCGGGUCGGGUCAUAAGGUGAAGGGAGAAGUUUACGCGGUUUCGGAUGACGCUGUGGUUAAGUUGGAUGAGUUCGAAGGUGUGGGAAGUGGGUUUUAUGAGAGGGUUCCGGUGGUGGUUGUGACGGAGGGAGGGGAGAAGGUGGAGGCGGAGGGGUAUUUUGGGCAUAGAAGUUUUGGGGAGAAGCUGUGGAAGAUGAAGGGGGAGGUUGGGUUGGUUGAGUAUGGUGAGAAUGAUGCGAGGGAGUAUGUGAGGAAAGAUGAUAGACCUGGUUGUAGAAACACUAUUCUUGAUUUUGUAAGUCGUUAGUUUUUGUUGUGUUCAUCGUAUGAACAAUAGAUCAACAUGUUGUAAUCAUUUUAUAAGAAUUUUAUGUAUAUAUUGGUGAUGUAUGAUUGUCCAUGAAUCACAGACACAUAUAUCUGACACUCCAACAAAGAUAAUGCUUUGAGAAAAUAAUAUAAUUCAAUGUAAUAAUAUGUAUCUCUGUCGGACGGACAUGAUAAGUAUCCGAUAUUGGAACACGUCUAACUUUGCUUCAUAGAUGAUUGUAUUAAUUC